CUCCCUCAGUCAUCUCGUGCAAUUAAACGCCUUGCACGUCGCCCUUCGGCUUGUACAGCACUCCUACAGCUUUGUCUAGGCUAAGAGCCCCAGAUAUAACUGUGCUUACCCUUCCUCCGAUACUUCAUUGGUUUCCUUUCCAUCAUGUCCCGCUUCGGAGCCAAGAAAGGCCGCAAGCUCCCCGGGGCAGAAUUCAGUUGGGAGACUGGUGAAGGAGGCGGCGAGAACGACACUGCCCCGACUCCUCUUUUCCCGAAAUACCACGUCCCCCGCGCAAGGCCGAUAACCCCACGCGAGCAGAUCCAGGUGGAUCUAUACCGGUCGCUUCGAGAGCGCUUUCACGAUGGACCGUACUACUCCGUGCUAGACUCGGCGACCUCGUCAGCGAAGAAGGAGAGCGCCGCGCGGGCGCACUUUGAUCCGUUUCACGGGAUGCCCUCGUACUCGGGCAAGUAUCAGAAGAAGGUGCGGACCCUGCCUAAAUUGGCUGGGAGGGAAUAUGUGAUGAAAUUCUUCCCCAAGGAAUUGUGGCAGACCAUUCAGCCGAGCUUCAAGCCGGAUUCUGCGAUGGACGGCUACGUCUUGCGAAUUGAUCGGCCCGGUAUCAAACGUGGUUUCGAAGACGACGAGGAUGAGGAGGAUGAUGAGGCGGGCAAGAAGCGCCGGACCGGGGAUGAGGACGAUGCGGAGGGAGGAGAGAACGAGGAGGAUGAUCGCGAGGCACUCGAUCCGGAGGAGGAGGAAGAGGAGAUCGUGGAUGAUGACUUUGAGGACGAUGACGAUGACAUGGGCGGAGAUUACAAUGCUGAGCAGUAUUUCGAUGGUGGAGACGAUGAGUACGGCGACGAUGGAUUCGGCGAUGGUGGGGGCGGCGGUGGUGGUGAAGAGGAUACGUAUUAAAGCGGGCGCUUAUUUUAAGAUACCCUUCUAUUCAUUAUCUAUUCGAUCUUAUCAAUCUGAGCGGUUUAGUGGUCUUGUGGUUCAUGUGAUGUCUUCAAGUCUUUAAGGGAGUCUAUUGUGAGCAGAUGUUGUUUGGCGC